AUGCAGACAGCACGGAAGUCCACCGGCAGGAAAGCUCCCUGCAAGCAGCUGGCUACCAAAGCCGCCCGCAUGAGUGCACCAGUGGAAAGAAGCCUCACCACCGGCACUGUGGUUCUCCGAGAGAUACAACGCUACCAGAAAUCCACCGAGUUCAUCAUCCGAAAGCUGCCCUUCCAGCGCCUCGUCCGCGAGAUUGCCCAGGACUUCAAGACCGACCUGCGCUUCCAGAGCUCGGCUGUCAUGGCUCUGCAGGAGGCCAGCGAGGCUUAUCUCGUAGGGCUCUUCGAGGACACCAACCUCUGCGCCAUCCACGACAAGAGGGUCACCAUCAUGCCCAAAGACAUACAGCUGGCCCGCUGGAUGCGAGGGCACUAA